UGGUGUUACCCUGAAAUCUCUAAUUUUUGAAAGAAAAAAAAAAGUGUAAUAAUGCCUUUGCUAAUUGCAUGCAAAGGGAAAUCUGGGUUCUCAGCCAAAAACACAGCUGAAGAUGUUACAGAAGGAAUUGAUGGUCAUGGCUUAACUGCCAUUAUUACAGGACCAACAAGUGGUAUUGGCCUAGAAACCACGCGUGUCCUAGCUUUACGCGGUGUACAUGUAAUUAUGGCUGCCAGAAAUCUGGAAGCAGCUAGAAAAUGUAAAGAGACCAUAAUAAAAGGUUGUCCUAGUGCCACCAUUGAUGUUAUGGAAUUGGAUGUAAACUCACUAGAAUCUGUUACAAAGUUCGCGAAUGAAUACGUUUCCAAGGGUCUACCACUAAACAUCCUCAUUUGUAAUGCAGGGGUGAUGGUUCCUCCAUUUUCCCUUUCUAAAGAUGGAAUCGAGAGUCAAUUUGCGACUAACUAUCUUGGACAUUUUCAUUUGACGAAUCUGUUAUUGGAUACGAUGAAAAAUACUGCUAGAAGUUACGGACAAGAAGGGAGGAUUGUUUUAGUUUCAUCAUCAGCUCAUACGCUGACUUACAAAGGAGGGAUCAUGUUUGACAAACUAAAUGAUGAAAAAAGCUACAAUAGUUACUAUGCUUAUGGGCAAUCAAAGCUUGCUAAUAUUCUUCACGCGAAGGAGCUAACAAGGCGCCUCAAGGAAGAAGGGGCAAACAUAACUAUCAACGCGUUGCAUCCUGGAGUUAUUGCAACCAAUCUUUCUCGUCACAUGACCUUUAUGUCAGUUCUUCAAAACCUGGUCUUCAAACACUUUCAAAAGAAUAUCCCACAGGGAGCUUCAACAACAUGUUAUUUGGCAUUAAAUCCGAAGGUGAAAGGGGUUAGCGGCGAGUAUUUUGCUGAUAAUAAUUUGGCUAAACCGAGCGAUAAGGCCAAUGAUGCUGAGUUGGCCAAGAAACUAUGGGAAUUCGGGACGGAGUUGAUCAAGUCAAAGUAAUGUUUAUGGGAGUAUACCUUGGCUAUCCCUUGUUGAUACAAUACAUGUUUUAUUAUUUUAUCCUUGUGAAUAUGGUGGAUAAUUGUUUAUGUGUUGUGUGUGCAUGAUAUUUUAAAACCAGGGUGUGGUGUAAUAUGUUUGUACCCGGUUAUAAGAAUGUUGUAUAUGACUAUGGAAAUAUGUAUAAAAGAAUUUAAAAGAUAA